UACUGUGAAAUGUCAUUCACCGACAACAAUUAAAAAAUGUCGGAAUCGUGUCAAGACGGUAAUUGUCAAGGAAAUAAUGAAUAUGGGCCGGACGAAUCACCCACCAAACUUAUCGUCAAUUACAUUCCUGAAGUCAUGACCCAGGAUAUGAUGUUCUCGCUAUUUUCAACAAUGGGUAAACUAGAAAGUUGUAAAUUGAUAGCGAACCGAGGCUAUGGAUUCGUCGAGUACUCUCGUCCUGAGGAUGCAGUCAAAGCACGUAAGGCUUUCAACGGCCUCCUAAUGCAAAACAAGACGCUGAAAGUGUCGCAUGCCCUACUCAAUCCGGAGUUAAAACCGCCUUCGAAACCAGAAGCCGACUGGAACCUCUAUGUAUGUAACCUGCCUAAUGAACUGACCUUGCAGGAUUUACAUGGACUAUUCGCACAAUUUGGUAAAAUAGUUAAUUCUCGCAUAGCUGCAGGUAUAGCAUUUGUUUUAUACGAGCAUCAGUAUGAAGCGGAAAGAGCCAUUCAGAACAUUAAUGGCACCACACCGCCUGGCUUUCUACACCCAUUAACAGUUAAGUAUGCUAAUAAGAGUAACCCUAAUAAACAUAAAAACAAUAAUAAUAACUUUCCUAAAAGUCCCCUUGUGAGACCAUAUCACUGGAUAAAUCAUAUGAAUGCUAUAGGAGAUCACAAUUCUCCGAGUACAUGGUCUAUAUACAUUUAUAAUAUUGCUCCGGAAGUGGAGGAGUUGACUUUGUGGCAGCUAUUUGGUCCAUAUGGUGCUAUUGUGUCGGUUAAGAUAAUCAAGGAUCAUUCAACUAAUAAGAGUAAAGGAUUUGGAUUUGUGACUAUGAGAAAUUAUGACCAAGCGGCGAUGGCAAUACAAGCAUUGAAUGGAUACGUUCUUCAUGGCCAACCCCUGUCGGUUAGUUUCAAGACUCAGAAGAGAUAAUGCUUAUGUGAAAGACUUAAUAAACUUUACAAUAUCAAUACAGUAAUAAAUAGACAAAAACAAUACCUAAUUGAUUGGCAUUAUCAAAAAUUGCAAAUAAAAUAGUCCCGACUUCUGAAUUUUGUGUACACCCCUUAACCAUAUGUGCAGUCAGUUGACUUUGACUCUUGUUGAAAAUAUUAUAUUACUUUGAGCUAUCGACAUUGUUAAGUUUGUUUAUGAAUAAUAAUUUAUUCGGUUUGCUCGUUAAAUGUUUCAAGUUUACUAGAAGUUUAAGAUUGUAUUGAAUAUGAUUGUUGUUUGGACGUUCAACAUCAGUUGUGAGUUGUAAUGCUUUCAUUACUUUAAUCUUAUUAUUUAAGUAUAAUAAAACCAUUUUAAAGAAAGUGCUUUUACAAGAUCUAACUAAUUGAUAAGCCACAUUGAGAUGUUUAAUCAGCUACUAGUUUUAGUUGUACACUUUUUAUAACAUGAUGUCUAUUUAGGUAGUGAAAACGAAAUCUAGAUUAUAUCAUAUUUAUACAUUUAGUAUAAAAUUUGCUGAAUUAAAGUUCAUUUUCACAAUUUUAA